CUAGUUUGAAAUAUUAUGGGAUUGGAUGUCGAACAUGUACAAAUUAACUGAUCCAUUUUUAAUAUUUGCCUCCAAAACUGAUGGACAUUCAUUAAAAUAAUUGUAUACUAAAUGCCAAGAUUUAAGUGACUACCCAGUACUCUUGGUGAUGUAAACAAAUUAAAAUAUUGUACUGAUUUGUAUUAUUAUAAUAGAUAUUUGGUGCAUUUUGUGAUAAAAUGUUGGCUGUGAAGAAUAAAUAUGUAGGCACUGGUGAAACUUUUCUAUUUACUUUGUCACCUGAAGAGAGAAAGUAUAAUCCAACAUCAGGUAAUAAAGAUUUUAUGAUGUGUGCCCCAGAUUAUUUAGCAUUUGGAAGUGGAAAGUAGUAGAUUAUUUAAUACUUAGAAACGGACCAGCAUUUUAAAUUGAUUCAGAGUUGAAUAGAGGGUUUACUUAUCAGAGUGAUACUUUUGAUAAUCCAUUGUUCACAGACUAGAAAACUUAAAAUAGAUUCAAAUGUUUAUGCAUUGAAGUUUAUUAUCUAAAAUGAUAUUAUAUAUAUUAUAAAUGAAAUAUAUAGUGUUAAUAUUUUUACUUUAGCUUUUCUCAUUAAGUUUAUCAGAAGUUGUUGUAACACCUAAAAUUGAAUGCAGAGCCUCGGAGUGUGAAGGUGAUAACUUCUGUUUUUAAGGGUAUUGUACAUCUUGUGAAAUUACUAGAGCAUAAUGUAUUUGACUCUAAUUAAUCAUUACAAGGGAAUCAAGGAAAACCAUAAUGGGGAACCAAAGUGGGUUAGGCUAUUAAAGUGCCUGCAUAUUCUAAUUUUGGAGAUCCAAAUGUUUUAGACACGAAGAAAGAUGAAUUUUUAGAAGACUCAAAAACUAUUUUUGGAGAAGAAGUGUAUGUUGGAUAAAAGUAAGAUAUUGUUUUUAUUUGAGAUAUUAAUGCGUUCAAUUUGCCAGACGAUUUUGGAUCGUACAUUAUAAUUCAACCUUUGGGUCUGUUAAUUAUGCUGAAUAAAUAUUUCACCUUUAACAAGCAUACAAUUUUAAUACUAAGCAAACCUUACAAUUAAGGAAAUUCUAAAAUGGAGGUAUCCAUCCUCCAGAAUAUGGUGACUUAUUGAUUUGGAAAAAAGAUGAAGAGAAAUUUCCUCAUGGACAUGUUGCAGUUGUAAUUUCUGUUGAAAUGGAUUCCAGUUACCCUCAUGUGAUGAUAGCAGAAUAAAAUUAUGAUUAAUCAUGGGAUACAAGAAGCUUUUCAAGAGCAUUAAAACUUAUUAAAGGAGAGAAUAAUGAAAUUAUAAUUUCCAAUAAUAGAUAGAUAUUCCCAACAAAAGAGGAUUUGAAAUGUAGAGAUAAUUAAUUUACAUCUCAAGGUGUUAUUUUAGGUUGGGUUCGUUUGAAUAUUUAAUGA